UUGAAGUUUGUUGACGUCCAUUUUUGUUUGUUUAUUGUUUUUUAUUUUCGUUUCAUUUCGUUCGGUUUUUUUUUGGCUUUUACGCCCGUUUUCACCAUCUUCCUGCACUAUUCAACAUUUACCGAUGACGUGACCGUGACUUACCAUCAAAACAACCAACAACAUGUCAAAACAAACCAAGAAACGUUCUGUAGACGACGACGACAACAACUCAGUGGUAUUUAAUUCAGUGGUAGAAACCCAAACUAGACAACCAAUAACCGGACCCGAUGGCAAAGUUUAUCACAGCUGCCAAUUUUGCAACAGGAUUUUUCCACUGGAGGAAUCGAGGGACAGUCACAUGAAUUCGUGCAGCAAAAAAGACUACAUUUUGACGGUGGGGGGCGAAAAUCAAUUGAGGGAACAAGACCAAACACCAAAGGCCAAGAAGCAGAAGAAGGAGAAGGAAAAUUCCACACCGCCACAGGACCAUGCCGAGGACAAGAAGAUAAACAAAGGUAGAACAAAUGUGUGGAAGAAAAAUGAGGAAAAAUUGUCCGAAAGUGCCGAACAUAACGUUACCUUAGCAACGAAAGAUGAAAAAACAGAAGAAAAGAGUGAAAGUAUAACGGUUCCAAAAAUGAAACUGUGGACUAAAGUAUCAAAUAGUGAAGAAAAUGGUUCAAUAAGUGAUUCAGAAAAGGAUGUAAGUAAAUCAAGAACUCCGUCAAUAUGUGAGGAAAAAAAUUGCUCAAAUGAAAAAAGUGUGACUAGAACUCGAAUGAAACUGUGGAAUAAAUCCAAAAAAAAUCAAAGUGAGACUGAUAACAUCAAUAAAGACAAUUUAAGCAAUUCUAAAGUGAAUCUGAAUGAAAAUAACAAUUGUGAGGAUGAAACAGGGAAAAACAGAAAUGAGAAGAAACCAAAAACCAGAAUGAAACUGUGGCAUAACGAUGAUAAAAACAAGGAAAAAGAAUUUGUACAAGAAGAAAAUUGUUUGGAAGAUAAAAUUGAAGAAGAAAGUAAAGAGGACUAUGAAGAAAAUGAAGACAAGUUUGUAAGAAGAAACAGAAUGAAACUGUGGACAGAAGACAUAAAAAACAAAUCGAAGAACAAGGAUAAACAUUACGUACCAAUAACCAGUGAAAAUGGGACCAAAAAUCCAGUAACAAAAUCCAGAAAGUCAUUAUUAAGAAACGUUAAGACAAAAUCAGCAGAUACAAUAGACAUCAACGAUAACACACUAUCAGAAACCAAAGAGAAAACAAUCAAGGUGAAAAGAAUUGAAGACAUUCUCGACCCAAACAGUGAACUGCGUCCGGACGUAAAAAAGUUCCUGCAGACGAUAAACGACGAUUGGCAGGAAGAGGGCGAGUCGGAGUUUCCCGAGGACACGCCGAACGUUGCGCCGGUCGAGGAGGAGGCGGAGCCAAAGAAACGAAGCAAACCGGAAUUCGAUCCGCUGAUGUGUCGAUACUGCAAGAUACAAUUCGAGAAUCCGUUCGACAAAUUGAAACAUACGCGUGAGGUACACAGGUCUGUCAAGAAAAUCGUGCCCUACGACGAGGUGGCCCAGUACUUCGACAACGAGGACAAGAACUACUGUCCGAUAUGCGACAAAACUAUUAAGGCCCGGAACUACCGUUCGAUUUUCGUCAAGCAUUUGAUGACCCACACGAACGGUACCAUCUACACCUGCUCCGUCUGCCAGCAACGGUUCAGGCGGAAGGAUCACAUGCGGAACCACGAAAUACGACACGAAAUACGAUGAUUAUUAUGAUUUAACCCUAUUACUACUAUUACCUACGUCGCAUUAUGAAUUUUUUGUCGAUUGUAUUAAUUGUUACCUUGAUUAGAAUAAUUAAGUUUGUGUUAUAAGUUAUGAUAGAUGUAGAUUAUAUUUGAAUAAAUGUUUAGUUAUA